AUGUCUUGCUACGACCUGUGCUCCACCUCUGCCUGCGGCGUCUACCGCCCCCAGCCCCUCGCUGACAGCUGCAACGAGCCCUGCGUCCGCCAGUGCCCCGACUCCACGACUGUGAUCCAGCCGCCCCCCGUCGUCGUCACCUUCCCUGGCCCCAUCCUCAGCUCCUUCCCCCAGGAUUCGGUUGUGGGAUCCUCUGGAGCACCCGUCCUUGGGGGCUAUGGGGGUUCCCUGGGCUAUGGGGGCUAUGGCUCCCUGGGCUAUGGGGGUCUGUAUGGCUAUGGGGGCUAUGGCUCCCUGGGCUAUGGGGGUCUGUAUGGCUAUGGGGGCUCCUCCCUGGGCUGUGGGGGUCUGUAUGGCUAUGGGGGCUCCCUGGGUUACAGGGGCCUGUAUGGCUAUGGUAGACCCUAUGGUUCUGGCUCUUGCAGCCCUUACUCCUCCUGGUACAGCAGGUACAGCCGUGGCAGCUGUGGGCCCUGCUAA